AUGUCCCUCCACGCCAGCGCCUACAGCCAGCCCGGCUACUCCGCCCCGCCCUACUCCGAGGCCGGCUACCACCACCCGCCCGGCGGCCAGAUGUACUACUGUCAACCCCCCGACACGGCCUCGUCGACGCACAGCUCGCAGCAGCGCUACUGGUACGGCCAGCACCCCUCCUGCGCGCCGCCGUCCCCCGAGGCCGACCGCUUCAACCGCAAGCGCCGGCGGUGCACGUACAUGUACUACGUCCUGCGCCAGCUCGCCAUCGUCGUGCCGCUGGUCGUCGUCUUCCUCAACAUCAACAUCUACGUCUCGCGGCGGGGCAAGUACCUCAACGACGACACGAGCCCGAGCGAUCCGAUCUUUUAUGCCAUGUGGUUAUCUGUGCCGUUGUCCGUCCUGAUGAUGCUCUGGUCCUUCACGACCGUCAUCUUCCGCAAGCGCGCCGAGCACCAGCGCGGCGGCAUCCCGAAACACGUCCACUUCGGCAUGGAGCUGUGCUUCUCCCUCGGCGCGACCAUCUGCUGGAUCCUGCUGGUCAUCCAGAUCGAGUCCAAGAAGAGCAACGCCUUCUAUGCGUAUCCGUACAUGCGGUACGAGGCGGCGCUGGCGUUUCUGCUCGGGCUGAUCAUGUUAUCGGAAUACGGCCUCCUCUUCCGCGCGUGGUUCGAGUUCAGCAACGACAGGACGCGGCUGGAGGACCAGGCUGCCAUGGUGCAGGUCUGA